GGCUCUGGGGUCGAGUGAUCUUUUUAAAACAAAAUGGCGGUUUCUUCAAGCUGUGUUUAUUAUUAUGGUGUUAUUCUGGAUGUUUUCGUAGCCAUUGCCUGACGUAUGGAUGUUUGACGAAAACUAUAACCUUGUAGAAGAAAGGGAAUUUAGCAGAUGGCGACCGAUUUGAUGUGGCAGCGCACACAACUGGGUUUCUCUGUUGCGCAAGGGCAACACGUUGCACCAGGGAAUAGAAUACCCCCAGCAUUUGUUCCCCAGAGGACCUAUCUAGAUGAUGCUGUCCAAAAUACUAAAACUACAAGUGGAAUGUUUCCCUCUAGCGCUGCCUUUUUGACCAAUCAACUUCAGUUCAAUAUUGGGGCACCCUCAUCACCUGAGAACUUGGCAACAAGAAUUAGGAAGCCCAAACCAAUUGUUAUUGAGAAACUUGGAGUUCAAGAAAAUGAGAAUAAACUUCAUCAGACAUUUGUGUCCAGGUCAAUAGAAGGGCAAUUUCCAUUUUCUGCAAACUCAUCAGUGUCAAGUGAACGGCUAGCCUUUGCUAUUAACUUGGCAAGAAGAGAUAUAAAAAAAGCAAGAUUUAACCCUGCAGAGAUUGUAUGGGCCCAGGAAGUUCUAGGGAGACCAAGUGAUAAGAGUGAGAAGACGCAAGGGAAGGGGAAAGGGAAGGCAAAGAAAACCAAGCAAACUGACCCAAGUAAUGACGGUAUGUCACUGAGGGAACGUGUUCAGAAAACACUAAGGAAACAUGAGAAGGAGAAGCAGGGAUUACAGGAGGUCCAUUUCUUUUCUGGCCGUGAAGCUGACCUCGAAAACAACUCUGAUGAUCCACAAACAACUGAGAUAAAAAAGCUGCGGAAAGAUCUUUACCAAUGCAUGAACCAGCUGGAGAAUCUGCAGAACCAGCGGCCCACUCUGUUGAGAAACCGAGAUAAGAGGAUCAAGCGAAGAGCAGAGGAUAAUUUGAGGUUAUCUGCCGAUGAGCCUGAUCCCAGACAAGUUAUCAGAGCUGAGGAACAGGCUUCAAGGUCCUCCAGAAUGUUGUACAUGUUACAGCGACAGGUCAGAGAUUUGCAAGAUGAGCUCACCAAGACAGGGACGAACAUCAAACACACAAAAAAGAGUAAGACUCUUAGCAGACUUGCUGCAGCCCAUCGUGCAGCUCUGCGGGCCCUUCAGACCUUCAUCAGCCAGGCACCCUUGCAGCCAAAAGUGGGCAGCGGCUUACCCCCCAUGUACCAGGACCUGGCGAUCCUCAUCAGGCAGUUAUCACUUCUUACCACACAGCUACAGAUAGGCAGUGAUGACCUCUCUGAGGAAAUGCUUGCUGGAGAACCCAAGUAUACAAAAGGUGGUCACCAGCCAAUACCUAGCGCAUUCCAAAAGGACAUUGAUGCAGCCAAACAUGCAUCCAAGAAACGUCUUCUGCAUACAAAUGUGCACAGAACUCCUAACCCCUCCCCUGAGAGGAAUGCUGUAUUGCAGGCUGGCAUAGAGGCACUUAUGAGAGCAAGGCAAAACAUCACGCAGACUCCUUUCUCUGCUCCUAAAGCCACCUUAGUACCACGGCCCACUGCAAUCAACAAGCCUGCCAAAAAAUCUCUUUUGCUUCCUCAACAUUUACAGGCCAAGCGUGAGCGUAUUCAGCAAGCUGGCAAAUCUAUACUCAAACCAAGCGGCAUUGGCGAUGCUGGAUUUGCUCAAGACACAGUCUCGUCUAAACUCAGGAAAGUCAUCCCAGAACACCCUGGGGAAGAGAACAAUAAGGCACAGCCUUAUCCCACCACGCCCCCGCAGACACCAACUAAACAGGUGACACCCACUAAGUCACCCAGAGGGACACCCACUAAGAAAUUCGGAACACCUGAAAGACUCUGUGAAAAACUAGAGCUAUCCCCUAGAUCACCGCGGAGAAGACUUGAUCAUGAGUUGCCUCCACAGAGUCCGCGUAGCCCUAAGUAUGCAAGACAGAUGGUCCCUCAGGAAAGAGAUCUCAUGGAAAGAGAAAUAACACGGCAGGCCUGGCUUGACCGUGAGGCUCAGCUACGGGUCCAGGAAAUGGAUGAGUUGCGCACACGUGGAAGGCGUCUAGAUGGACAAGUCAGUGAUGGUGUGCAGCUUGCGCGACGGAUGAUAAGAGAAACGGAAGAAGCAAUUGUCCACCGGCUGCGACCAUUACUUGACCGUGCGGAGGCUAUCGUUAAGGAAAACACUCUAAACGAACAGGAAAAAAAGCGUUCUUUGCGACGACAGUUAGCCAGCCUCGCAUCAGAAACGACCAUGGCUCAGGCAGACACCCUCGCAGACAUGCUACUAGACGACCUUUUAGAAGACACCGUAGAGGAACUUGAAAGGCUUGAGGACGCAGACGAGGUAAAUCAGGUGGCAGCGGGCAUGCUAGACAGCACCACCUUGGAGAACAUCCGGCAACGAUUGGAGAGCUUUGAGAGAGAGGAGGAUGCAAUUCGCCGCCGCUGGCAACAAGUCGAGUAUGCCGAGCCCGACUCCCAGACGUUCAAACCCAGAACAAAACCUUCAGGGGGAAAUGCAUUCGGCCAUCCCGGCCCUAUUAUGUUCACUAUGCCACAUUCGCACAAUGACAGGAUCAGGGAGAAGAUCGACAGGCUGCACGAGAGAUCUCGCACCAGACGAGAGACGCUUGACUCGACCGGCACCGCAUCCCUACUAGAAGGCAUAUCGUCCCCAUCUUCAAAUGAAAGAUCGAGUGAUGACAUUCACCAAAAACGUACUCAUUCACCGAGACCAAGCCAUGCUAGAACCACAUCUAAGAUCGCUCUUUUUGUCCCGACGGAACUACGAGCAAGCAUUACCGCAUACAGGAGUAAAUACGAGAGAUACUUGCGCGACACAGCAACCCAUGUUCACGGGUCAUUCAACCCUUGGAAGCUUGUGGAUGAGAUAAGCGAGGGUAUCUUAGAUGAGAUGCUUGUGGAUAUUGCUGGUGAACUUGAAGGGGCUUGUGAGGAAUAUGCAGAGGGAGUGUACACACAGGAAUUUGCUGUACUGAAUGCCAGUAGACAACUGAGACAAGACCCGGAUGAGCAAGUAGACAACUGAGACAAGACCAUGAUGAGCAAGUAGACAACUGAGACAAGACCAUGAAUAGCAAGUAGACAACUGAGACAAGACCCGGAUGAGCAAGUAGACAACUGAGAAAAGACCCGGAUGAGCAAGUAGACAACUGAGACAAGACCCGGAUGAGCAAGUAGACAACUGAGACAAGACCCGGAUGAGCAAGUAGACAACUGAGACAAGACCUGGAUGAGCAAGUAGACAACUGAGACAAGACCAUGAUGAGCAAGUAGACAACUGAGACAAGACCAUGAUGAGCAAGUAGACAACUGAGACAAGACCAUGAUGAGCAAGUAGACAACUGAGACAAGACCCGGAUGAGCAAGUGGACAACUGAGACAAGGCCAUGAUGAGCAAGUAGACAACUGAGACAAGACCCAACUACAUUAUACCAAUAAGAAGAACGAGACCCAUUAAUAUCUUGAUAUAACAAACAAGCUUAUCUAAUAUUACAAUUUGUUAUAUUCUUACAUUAUUUGUAUUGCAUUGUUUUGCAGAAAUCGUAGUCAAAGGUUCUAUAGGUUUGGGUUAGUCAAUAAUAUUUAAUGGUCAAUCCAGAAUUUAUCAUUCUAUUUAAAUUCAAAUUGUAUAUAGGAUAUUGUGCAGUACGACUACUGUUUUCAGCACACAACACAUCCCCACUAAGCUGCCUAAAAAAAUCAACUGGUAGUUGAACAUAUGUGAAUCAGGAAGAGAGAAAUAAAGUUCUAGAAAGACA